AUGACGGAUUUUGGCCGGUCUAAUGGCCCUUUAGAUUUUAAGCUAUGUGUAAUCUGCCAAGAAAAAAGUACAGCCAAUCUUGUUGAAAAUCCAACUUCCCAUCAAAAGCUUUUAGAAGCUAUCGAAGAACGUUCAAAGUACGAGGACAUCAACUCGAAAACAUUGUGGCUUGUGCUUAAAGAUCUACCACUAGAAGAGCUUAAAGAAAAAGCAAAAACUGUACAAAAAACUUAAGAAGGCGUAUAUUUUACCUCACUUUUAUUAUUGCUCCUCUGUCUGGCACUUUUGUGGAGCGCGCGAUGCGGAUAAGCUUGAAGCUUUAAAUAAAAGAAUACUUAGAUUUAUACAAUACUCUUCUCUCAAAAGUCAGCUCUACUUCUUUGUUUAACAAACGCAUUCAAAAUUUCCUCAUUCUGUUAUAUAAGAGUUUGUUUUUCACUCAUUUUCCUACUUACAUGAAGAAUAUGUUUUCACUCCGGUCCUCUUCCUAUGACCUUCGUGGCAACUACAUUCUUUCACUAAGUAAACCUAAAACAACUACCUAUGGUCUUAACUCCUUUUCUUACUUUUCAGCUAAGCAGUGGAAUGCACUGCCGGACUUUUUUCAUACCAGUUUUUUUGCAGACUUUAAGACUAAAAUACAGGAUGUUACCAUCAUGUAGAUUCUUUUUGCCUGACAUACUUGAACUUAAAAUUGGGAAUUGUACAUAAUAUUUUCUUUCCUUGCAUUUAAUGUAUAGAUAUAUUUUCUAUAUAGUUUUUAUGUAGUGUCAGCUCGAAGAUAUUAGCUUGUUAGCUACUCUAAAAUUCGAGUAUAAAUAAAGUUUUAUGUUUAUGUUUUAUGUAUGUCGUGCUACCAAGAAACCACCCACUCAGGAAAGAUCAAGAGGGUAAAAGAGAGGUUUCAGAGAGAGGUUAGAGGACCAAAUGAAGCUCAAAGAAAGACAAGUGAAUCGCUUCAGGUAAUUGCUACGUGUAAUGGCUUAUAACUUUAAUUUUUUAUUUUAUUGUGUUUUUUAUCUUGGAAUCGCUGAAAAGGUAAUCACAUCCUUGACAUCUCAAAACAUUUAAUUUCAUUUCACUAACCAGGGUCUUCUUACAAGGUCGAAAACCGCCCCUUAUGACAGCAAUCUGUGCUUCUUUUGUGAAGAGAAAGCGAAGUACCAGAACCCUCUGCAUUUGGUGUCAACAUCAUCUGCUGGUAGCUCUCUUGAUAAAGCAGUAAAGCAAUCAAAGGAUCCUAAACUGCUCGUGAAGCUCUCGGCGGCUCUAGACAGCACUGACGCUCAUACCAUUGAUAUUAAAUACCAUAAAAGCUGCUGGGCGAAGCAUGUGACUGGGGUCCUGCGUAAAACUAUCAAAGAUGACGAGGAAAGGUCAAGAAGUGAGACAGCGGUUAAGCUGGAGUUUUUUAACCUUACCCAAGCUGCCCUCGAUAGCGGAGAAAUACUCAACAUGGCACAGUUGGAACAGGCUUUUGAUUCCAUUUCAAACGAGAACAAUAGUCCAAAGACUCUAAGUCGACGUUCAGUUAAUGAGCUUAUCCAGAAAGAGAUAAAGGGAGUUGAAUUCCAUAAGCCCACUAGAGCUAAUGAGCCCAAGAGGGUCAGCGUAAAGCAGUGUAGAGAUGCCGCUAUCCAUAUCGUAGAAUCCACAGCUGACAGUGAUGAAUCUAUGAAAAUUCUCUUCGAUGCCGCUUCAAUAUUGAGAAAGGCUAUUAAUCGAAGCGAGAAGUGGGUCUUCUCUGGCUCUCUGGAUACAAUGACACAUGAUCAAUGCCCCGAAGAGCUUACCUGCUUCUUUAGGUGGAUAAUCCAAGGUCCCAAUAAGACACUAUCUGAUAAAAAGUGCAAUGAGGUACACAAAAGAGCAAUGCAAUUAGCGCAGAAUACAAUAGCUUUGUGUCUAACAGACAGGCAGGUUGAUAACAAGAGGUCAAAAGCAGUCUACUGCACUAGAGAAAUGCCCCAAAACCUCGCAGUUAGCCUAGCAAUACACCAAGCAGUACGAAGCAAAGAGCUGGUUAAUCUCCUCCAUGGAUUUGGCAUGGUUGUAGAGUACAAUCGCUUGUUGAAGGUGGAGUCACAAAUUGAGAAAACUGUCCUGAAGCGCAUAGAGAGUGAAGGUGGCAUGUUUCUCCCUCCGGAUAUCGUGAAAGGACGGCACGUAUAUUUUGCUAUUGAUAAUAUUGAUUUCUCAGAGGAUACGCCAGACGGGAAGCGUACUCUACACAGCACAGCAAUGGCUAUUUAUCAGAAAGUGGAACCCCAAGAUGAAGAACCUGUAUUAAGGUACCAUAACUGUUCUACUAAGAAGCAUGAUGCACUCAUUUAAUCCCAAGUGCUCGAUGGGAGGGGGGUUAAUUAGAUAAUAGACGUUUAAUUUUACUUUUACUUUGGCAUGACUGGUCUGUGUGAUUCAGGUUUUUCUUUGUUUCAAUAAGACUAGCUAGUAAGUUAAAAGCUAAUCUCAUUUCUAGGCUGUAGGAUAGAAAAGAUCCCCUUCUUGAACAGCAUUUUGCUUCAUAAGUAGCUGUUGUUGCGUUUUGUUUUUCAUUUUGAUAGGUUAGAGGAGCCAAAUGAUUCAUGCCGUUCUGUAACAGAACUGUCCGAAUCGCUGACAUCUUUAAUGCCAUGCGUGGGGCCGCCAUCAAGGCCCCCUUCUCCUGCGUACCCUACAUUUGAGCUGUCAUCAGAACAAGAGUUGCCCCAAAACAUCCGCGAUGAGAAUGCUACCUGGAUAGUGUCUCGUACCCUUACAGGCCAUGAUGCCCCAAGUGAUGAUGAUAAUGAUCAGCCUCCUGUACCCGUAUGGUCAGCGUAA